GUUCUCCCUUUGUGCGCGCGGCAUGAGCCUGUGGAAGCCACUUAAAACCUCCAGAAAAGAGAAGAGGUGCUUCAACUAAGAUCAGCGUAUCAGGACGGCGUCAGUAGGUAUUGAGGACAUCUUUUAUUAACCAUGAAGUCAGCCCUUGGCCUUUUUGUCGCACUGUGUGCUCUCUUCUGCUGCUCUGCUGACAAUGUGAAACUCUUGCGCACGAAGCGUGGAACUCGUUUUAGAGUCCAGUGUGUGGAUAGUGAAACGUCAGCAGUGCGUAGAUUUGGCGACACGUGGCUGCGGUGGAGGGGACAGCGUGUGGAGUAUUGUCAUUGUGCGAUGAGAGGACGAGAGUAUUGUCAUGUUGUCCCCGUCAUCAACUGCUACGUGUCUCACUGUUAUAAUGGUGGGACUUGCAAGGAGGCGUACACAUCAGACUACAUCUGCCAGUGCCCAUCGGGCUUCAGUGGAACUCAGUGUGAGAUCAAUACCAAAGAGCGCUGUGUUACUGGGCAGGGGGAAGGUUACCGGGGCACAUGGAGCAUCAGUCAGUCGGGGGCAGAGUGCAUAAACUGGAACUCCACUUCUCUAAGGGGGCGGCGCUACACAGCGAGGAAGAAUGACGCCAGCAGCCUGGGACUGGGCAAUCACAACUAUUGCAGGAACCCAGACAGUGACAGCACUCCCUGGUGUUAUAUCUAUAGAGGCACUCAAGUCAUCUGGGACUUUUGCUCUUUACCCAAGUGUCCUGAAGAUAAGGCGUGUGUUGUGGGCUCGGGUCAGUCAUACAGAGGCACAGUGGCAGUGACGAGAAGUGGCUCACGCUGUCUCCCAUGGGACUCCACUGUGGUCAGGAGAAAACUGUACAAUGCAUGGAGGUCUGAUGCUCUGGAGCUGGGACUGUCCGGACACAACUUCUGCAGGAAUCCAGACGGUGACGUGAGCCCCUGGUGUCACACUUACAAGAACAUGCAGUUGACUUGGGAGCUCUGUCAAAUUCCUAAAUGUGCAAGAAAUCCCCCUGUUAUUGCCACUCUUGGUCCCCGAGCGCCUACCACAAACAACAAUAAUGCAGCGACGUGUGGGGAGCGUUUGGACAACACCCUGAACCAGCCCGUGUUCAGGAUGUUUGGCGGACGGGCGAGUGACAUCACAGAGCAGCCCUGGCAAGCGGUGAUAAAUGUUUACCAGGCCCGCCUCAAAAAGCACUUCCAUCGAUGCGGAGGGGUCCUGAUUGACUCCUGCUGGGUGCUGUCUGCUGCUCACUGCUUUGAAGACAAUGCCAAAGCUGAGAAACUGGAGGUGAUUUUGGGCAGAACAUAUCGCAAACAGAACUCGACCAGUGAGCAGAUAUUCAAAGUCAAAAAAUACUGGAUUCAUGAGAAGUUUGACAAUGAAACCUUUGAUAAUGACAUUGCUCUGCUGAAGCUAUAUUCAGACAUUGGUCUGUGUGCUGUAAACGCUCCGGAGGUCUUCCCCGCAUGUUUGCCCGACCGGGGGUUAGAGCUGCCCGACUGGACCGAGUGUGAGAUCUCCGGAUACGGCAAAGAAUCUGAAUUUUCUGCAGAGUACUCUGAGCGUGUGAAGAGAGGUUAUGUGAGGCUGUGGCCAAAGGAGCGCUGUGUGCCUGCUGUGCUCUCUGGGCGAACUGUUACUGCCAACAUGCUGUGUGCAGGUGACACCAGAGGCCUGGAUGAUGCCUGCAAGGGCGACUCUGGGGGCCCACUGGUUUGUCGAAGCAAUAACCGGAUGACGCUGAUGGGUGUAAUCAGCUGGGGGGACGGCUGUGGGCAGAAAGAUAAGCCCGGAGUCUAUACCCGGGUCACCCAUUACAUCGACUGGAUAAACGGCAAAAUAAAGGCCAACCCUGUAUGAUGUGUGUGACAGCAAGAGGAUGUUUUUAAAUAACUUUCCCAGGCAGGGCAGUGCGGUGAACACAGAGAGGGGGUCUUAAGGACUCCAUCUGUAGCUGUUUCCUGUUGCUUUGAAUGCGCAGGGUGGAAGUUUGAAACUGGGUUCGGCACAUAAAAAGGUUUACUGUGGUCAACCUUUUAUGUAGAACUGUAGGUCGGUCCAGUACAGUGUGUAUAAAGAACAAUGCAAACAUUUACUCCAGCUCUGUCUCAAUCAACUUAAAGGUGCACUGUGUAACUUUUCUGGUGUAGGGUCGGCCAUCUGCUUGUCUCCAUGAUGUGUUAUUGUUUGGCAACAAGCAGAUGAUUCCAGAGCCAAGUCACAGGUCAGAUCUGUAGAGAGGGCAUCCCCGCUCAAACCAAGAAUGCAUGUUUUUAAAGAUUUUUAAAGCAAUACAUACAUCUCUAACAUAACAAAUGAUAGUUAAGUUUAAUGCCUUUCUAUGGAAUAUUCUAGGCAAGCAAUAACAUUUCCACGAAAAUAAACACAUGGUGGACCCCUCACCAGAAAAGUUACAUAGUGCACAUUUAACAUGCAUUAAAGUUUCCUGAAAAAAAAAUAAAAUUGAAUUGUGUGUUACAUAUAAGUUAACAAAACAUUUGUAACCAAUUAGUAGUGCACAUUUUUCCAGGCGAGAAUUCUAAUCAGCAAUAGGUGUGUUUGUUAAACUAAUAAUGUGUAAAUGUGGAUUGUCUCGUAUCAUGUAUUCUGUGUAUCUGCUGGUUCAGAUUUGGUGCCGAUUUUAAUAUUUCUCGGAAAACAAGCAUUGAAACAGCCCUAUUAAGUCUUAUGGUGUUCCCCUGUUCAGAUAUUAGCUCUUGAUUUGCAGAUAGCAGGGUUGAGCCCAGCAUCAGCUCACUAUGUACAGUGUUCAAUAGUUGUACAUUUAUAUUUUUAUCAACUGGAAGCUUUUUCUGCUCCUCAUUAUUUUCAGUAGCCUAUAUGUUAUUAACAAUAUGUCUUGUCAAAUUUGACCAUGUUUUUAUUUAAAAUGUAUUAUUUAUGUGACUUUUGUAUUCCUUCAGUAAUCUACUUGUGAGGUCUUUGUAAAGCAUUAUUUAUUAUUUGGAUAGAACCUUAUUGUACCAUUUU